GGCGGAGCGGGCGGGGGAUGGAGGCGGAAGUGACGGCGGCGGCGGCGGCGCGGGGUGAAGGGGUAGAAGGGUGUCUGAGUACYGAUGAAUGAGCUGUGAUGGAUAACAAAGACUCAGAAGCUGAGAUCCACCCUCUGAAGACUGAGGAGGUCAAAGUUCAGGAGAACCAUGAACACUGUGUGGAGAGAAGGAUUAUCAARUCCUCGGGGCUGUCCCGGCUGUCACGGUGGCGCACUGCUGCCUUCUUCAUCUCCCUGUUCCUCUGCCUGAUCAUUGUGUUUGCUUUCUCCUUCAUCAUUCCCUGCCCGGAGAGGCCGGUUUCGGAAAGAACAUGGUUCCAGUAUUACAAUGAUGCAGUGGCCUACCAAUUCCUUGCUAUAGAAGAUGUGAAUGAAGACAAAGUGCAAGAUGUGGUCUUUGCUUUCAAGGCCAGCAACGGCAGCAGCAGCUUCAACAGGUCCUGCCUGGAUGAAGGRCUGCCGUCUCCCUGUGCCUUCAUUGCUGCCGUGUCUGGCACGAAUGGCAGUGCYCUGUGGGAGAGUCCCACUGGUGAGGACGUGCAGUGGCUGCAGUGUGGCAUCCAACAGCUGGGCACAGCAGAGGCCCCGGGCUGCCUGGUGGUGGGGAAGCCACUGUCCCUUACAGCGAUUGACCUGCGGACAGGGGAAGUUGUGUGGAGGCAAUCCAGAGACUUUGGAGCUAAUUAUACGGCACUGACUCCUUUGUCAGUGAUUCCAGAUGUGGAUAAYGACAGAGUUCAAGACCUGAUAAUCUUUAUUACUAAAGGAGACCAGAUUGAGACCCUAAUCCUUUCAGGAAAAACUGGCAAACAGAUUGGCUCCASUGUCAGCCUGACCGUGGAUGGGAGCGCUCGCUACGUCAGGCUGGACCUGCGCUCCUCCUCCUACUUCCUUUUCUACACAGACAACUCUCUCUAUGCAUAUUCCCUGAAAGAGCUGUGCAGUGCAGCUGUUGGUAUGGAAUUAAASCUACCCAACCUCAAGCAGGAUCCUCACUGGGAGAAGAACAUUAACAGUGCCACACACCGCUUAUCCCUUCCCAGCUUUGGAGAUUUUCGCUACCUGGUGAAAGUUCCUGUGAAGUCACGGGACAAURUCUUGGUGGUGCACUCAGAGAUGGCUACGCUGAUCAACACAAAAGAUCUCCGCGCUUUGUGGACCCUCAACGUGUCCCGUGCUCUGAGUGAGCCGCUGCUCGGUUACUACAAACCUGAUGUUCUUGCUGUUGUCCUGGAGAGUGAAGUUGGACCCAACAGGAAGAAGGUUAUGGUUGUUGAGAGUGGAUCUGGAACAGUGCMGUGGGACCUGAAGCUGAACUCGGGAUCAGGGAAUCUUGGCCCAGCAACACUUUCCACUGCGGAUCACCGCUCUGCCUUCCUCAUCUGGGGAGACUACCAGGAGCCAGGCAACGAGACAAGAUCCAGAGCUCCCCUCCAAAAGCUGUACCUUUUCCAUCCUUCCUACACCAAUGUCCUGUUGGAGCUCCGCAACAGCACGGACCACAUCGUUGCGUUCACUGCGGCGCUGUUCGAGCGGAGCCGCCACGCCUGCUACGUGCUGCUGCGGGGCCCCCAGCCCGGUGAGGCGCCUGGCCCUGUGUCCCUGAUGAAGAGGAAGCUGAAGGAGGAUGUCUYGGAGAGCAAGGUGAUCUGGCUGAGCCCCAUGGCCGGGGACAACGAGCAGCACAUCCGGGACCGCCUCCACAGGAUGCGAUUCCACAGCCGAGCGUGAGCUGGUCGAGGGACGGGGAGAGGCUGCCUCUGCUCUGCAGCCGUGCUCUCAGCGAGYCCAGAGCCCAGAUUCCAGUGGCAAGCUGCCUUUCUCCAUCUGCAAACCAAAGCGUGGCUGGCAGGGAAGCACCUCAGUAUCUAGGGACACCCAGGCUGUGGGGGCAGCUGCCAGAGCAUCCGUCCUCAGAGCUGAUGGGACUUCAGUGCUUGGCCACCUCUGAAGUGUCAUCAGCUCAGGGAAGAGGGCUUUCCCCUCCAUCCCUCUGUGUCCACAGAACUGUGCUGACUCAGGAAUGUGUCUGGAGGAGAACACAUGCUUGCUGGGGUGCCAGAGCKGAUGAUUUCUGGGAUGUUUGAGAAGUGGAGUUUGCUGUAUGGUGUUAGAUUUCCUUUCUGAGUCAGCUCUCCUGGCUGAGGAGAGGUGCUUGGCUGCAGGUUAAUUUGCAAUCACUCUCUCCUGGAUUAGGGCCCUGCUUCAGGAGUGGUGGGGUGUGUGUAGUGACCCCAGCCAUGGCUGUGGUGUGGCUGCUGUCACCUGGGCCAACAAAGCACAGGUUGAAGUGUCAUUCUACAUAGCAAAUGGCCUUUUGUCCCAAGAGCAACCCCACGUGCCCUGCUCUGCAGUCACCAGCCUACCUGUGUCUCUCUGCUGCUUCCUUCCCAGCCAGGCUGUGCMGUGUUGGUGACACUGAGAGGGAGCUGGUCUCCCACCUGAUGGAUGCAUCAAUGUUCUUCCCUCAGUCUGAUUACAGGUGGUGAGAGAUCCACCCUGAGCCCAGGCUGGCUGGUCCCUGGCAGUACCACCACCUCUCCUGGUUUAAAGGAGCCAGAGGAUCUAGGACACAUUUUUUUCAGAGUAGAAUUGCACGUUAACCUUUUCUGGGAGCUGGGAUUGCUGCUCUGGGAAGCCAGUGCCAGCUCCCUGCUCAUUCAGCCUUGCAGCUGCUGAGGAGCCUUCUCCAAGUCCUGUCCCUGCUGCCAGGAGGUGGGCAGGAGCUCUGUGCUGCCUCCCUGCCCUUGGAAUUGAAGUGAUGCUGGGUGAGACUGCCURGUAUCGUGCAAGGAUGGGACAGGUGGCUAUGUGAAGAUGAGAUGUUUCUCCUGGAGAUUCAUGUAGCACCAUGAGGUGUUUGCUCUGCCCUGUCCUGCUGGGAGCCACUGCAGGCCAUAGAAACAAGGUGCAGAACCUUGAAAAGGAUUUGAACCAGCUGCUCRGUCCUGAAAAUAAAAAUAACCCUAAAAAUAACCUCUCUCAAGCUCUGCAGUGCUGGAGGGGGUUUGGCCAGUGCCUCCCUCCCUUGCUGAGUGUGACAUUGGGGGAUGUGUAGAAACACUGUAGGAUGGGAAUGUGCAGGGUCAGGCAUCAGCUCUUCCCUUCAGCCCCCGCUGAGCCUGAACAUGUCACGGGGCAGCUGCUGCCACCAGCUCACUCCACAGCCCCAGCCCUCCCAGGGCUGCCUGGACACCUCCUGCUUCCAGCUGGCCAGUGGCUGCCUGAAAAGUGCCCCCUCUGGCCCAUCCCCCAUAUCCUGGGCAGUCAAGGGUGCCAGUCCUGGGAUGCUCUGUAGAGAGCACUGCACCUUCAAAGCACCCUGGGCUCAAAAUGAGGUUCUCCCUCUGCCUGUCUUCCCAGCUGUUUUCUGAGUAUGGGAGUGCAGGGAGGCUCCCCUCUGUGUCCCCCCAGUUUGGGUUUCCUCUUUGCUCAGCACCUUAGGCCUGGCAGCCCCACAGGUCCCUGUGCCAGCAUUGCAGCCAUAAGAGGCUCUGAGGGCUGGAUUGGGGCCGCUCUCCAUGCGUGUGGCUCUGAGCACCAGGCAGGGAAGUCCCAGGCUCGCACUGUAGUCCAGCCUGAGUGCUGGAUGUUGAUUGUAUCGCGCUGAGAUCUCCCUGCCAUGGAGCAAGGUGCCUGGGCUGUAUUCUCACCACACACUCCUUCCUCAGACCCCUACCCUGACCUGACCUUCCCAUAGGCACACUYUGUUCCUUCAGRAGAGCUGGAUUUUCACCUUUGGGGAGCUUUUCUGGAUUUAAGUUGUCCAGUAAUGUGUCUGGAUACUUUGGAAAYGCAGAUUUCCCCGUGGCAGCUCAAUUAAACGCAUCAGUGCCAAACCAGCACCUUCUUAACAAAACCAGUCCAUUUUCCAGCUUUUUUUCCUGUGUAAUUUUUUUUUUUUUUUGCAGUAUUUAAUGAAUGACUUUGUGCCUUGAUUCAAUAACUCAGCUGGGUGGCGAUGGCUGUA